CAGCAGGAGCGCGCGCAGUCACGCACACACACGUGCACGCGGGCGACCGCUUACCGGCGGGCUGUAGUUGCGUUGUCCCAAACAGCACGCGCAAACGGUUGCCGUUUUCAGCACGGGACAGAUCCCGCAACCCUCUCACUGCAAUAUGGCGACAGAGUUCCACAACCUUCAGGAGCUCCGACACAGUCCAUCGCUGGUCACCAAGGUGUUUAUACAGAGAGACUACAGUGAAGGAACUGUGUGCCGAUUCCAGACCAAGUUUCCCUCAGAGCUUGACAACAGGAUUGAACGAACUUUACUUGAGGAGACGGUGAAGACCCUUAACUCUUAUUAUGCUGAGGCUGAAAAAAUUGGAGGUCAGUCGUACCUGGAAGGAUGUCUGGCUUGUGCAACAGCUUACAUCAUCUUCCUCUGCAUGGAAACGCGAUAUGAAAAGGUGCUGAGGAAGAUAUCAGGUUUCAUCCAGGAGCAGAAUGAGAAGAUCUACGCUCCUCGAGGUCUGCUGCUCACAGACCCCAUAGAGAGAGGAAUGAGGGUUCUUGAGAUCAGCGUGUUUGAAGACCGGGGCUCGGGCGGCUCCAGUCCCAGCAGCACCAUGUCGUCGGGCAGCAGCGCUCGGUGACUGGAGGGGCAGCACCAGGCUUACGGAUACCACCACAGGGGCAGCGGCACACUUACCAACAUCCGCAUGCUGAAACAUGAGAGCACCAGGUUCUAGGACGAGUGGAAAGAAAAAGGCGAGGAGGUGAUUCACAACAUUCAUGCUCUCUCUGCUGGGGCCGACAAUGUAUCACCUCCAGAAGAAGAGCUGGCUUAAAAACACACCCUGGAUACAAAACAGAAUCAACACAAGUGCAACAGAACCCACACAUACUCUAACUGUAGACACAUAACAGCAACCAGAGUUUCUGUGAAGAAAUAUCCUACACUCUCCAAGAGCUAUCAAACUAAAAUACUCAUUGAUUGUUUUUGCUCUAAUUUUUUUUCCAUUCACCUUUUCUUUCAUUCCAUCACAUCUGCUUCUAUGAGUCACACCACCUCUGCAUUGUAGCUGAUUCUGCAGACUUUGCCUUCCUUAGACUAAAUUUCAGUGCGGGACUUUUUCAAGGAGAGGUCACUUUGUCUGUCUGUUUAUGCACUGACAUUGCAAUCUUAGGUUUUAUGCAACAUGUCUGAAAUCUGAAAGGAAGAAAACAGCCGCCUUACUGGGAGACUCGUAGCUGUGUCUUCUUGCUAAAUGACUGCAUUCAUCUCAGGUGGUUUAGGUCAAGCUGCUUUGAAUCCUGGCAAAUUGGGCCAGCUGUGGGACUGCUUGGUUCUCUGCUCCGUUCACAUACACUUGGCUUCAAUAUCAAAAGGCUAACAGAGAGCACCUUGAAUUAUUUAUUCUUCUCAUUCACAACAGUGGAUACAAGUGAUCCACAUCACAGCUGUAGGUCAUGCUCAAACACACUCUGUUUCUCACUUUCUUUCUCUCGCUUCCUGCAUAUUCGCAUACUUGAGCAUAGAAAUGCACACAGCCAUGUCAACGUACUGCACUCGAAAAAACACAUAUUAGCAAGGGGGAGUGCACACAUGCAUAUACACAAAUACACACCUGUAGAAUAUGUGGCCAGGCGUCCCUGCAUACAAGCAGAUUCUGGUAGACUUGGAGUUGAAGUCGACCUACGUCUCAGCUCAUUUAGAAAACAAGCAAACCUCAGGCCCUUGAAGGCUGUGCCAUCGAUUCCAGCUUAGCAGAGAUCAUUAAGAAAAUAUCAAACAUCAAGGAGCAGUACCUUUAAGAAGCCACAGAGUCAGUCUGACGUGUUUAGUUCAGAAGAAGAAGAAAUCGAAAGACAUCGGGCCUUUAUCUCUACACCCGUUCCACGCAUGAAAUAGUGUGCCUGUUAUUGGCAAAUGCAUAUUUAUAUGUGAGUAUAGGUGUGUGCAAGAGGGUCAGCCUACACAAAGUUCAAUACCUAAACCUACACAAAAGCAAGGAUUUAAAAAAACUGUCUAUUGACUUUAACUGAUAUAUACCGCAAUAUGUUGAUGCAGAAUAAAGAAUCUUUCAGUUUGUAAGAUAAAGAAUAAGUUGUAGAUCCUUUUAGAUUAAAAAAUAUAUAUUUUUGAUCACAAAACAUCCAUCAUCUAUCACAUCUAUCUAACUACUUAUUCACAAUAUCACGCUACAGUGCAAUACAAUACAGUGCAUAAAAACUAUUUCUCCUUUGGGAAAUGAAACACUGUAUGACUAAUAUGUGUGUGUGUGUAUAUGUGGAGGCUGUUAAGCUUAAAUAUGAUGCAGCGAGCAUGCUGAUUACCAACAGACAGCAACAAUGCCCACACAUCUUCCAACAAAAGACAAGGCCUUUCAGAAAAGUUUGUCUUGACCAUGGUUCAUUUUCUGUAUGUUUUAUUGCUUGUUACCAUAGUGUUGGUCUUCAUCUUUUACCAUCUUCAGUCUUUUUCUCUAUAAACACAUACAUGUCUCUUAAUAAACCAUGAGAGUGUAGGUUUUGCUUAUUCUUUAACACAGUGGGCUAGAAGCAAACUGCUCUGCAGAGAGCCCUUGCAUGAAAAUAUCCUUGUGCCCUUUUCCCAGAGCCAUGUCGAGUUAAACUACUCGCUGGACAGUCAUUGCAGAAACGAUUACAUGUUGGCUUCAUUCCAGUAAGUAGUUUAAUUUCAACAUAACAUUUUAUUAACUAGUUGAUUGAGAUUUUUACCACAGCAGUUGAGUUCAGUUGUGCUUGUGUUAAGCCUCCUAUGCUUUUUGAUGCCUUCAUGUUUCAUCCCGGUGGAAUGGAUAUCCAGCCUGGGGCUGACGGACUGACCGACUUAAAAAUGACUCAGCACUGCCAAUAAGCAGAUAAAGGAGCUCAUUAGACAAUGUAUAAAGAAAAAAAAACAGCGUGCAACAGAGUGUAAAUGAACUGUACAGGAGAUGAAUUGUAAUGUACAUGCUUGUCAAUGUUUACCCACACAAACAAGUGGAUAGGGAUUGCAAUGAAGCUGUUUUCUCCCCCCCAAAAUCACUGAUGCCCAGUAUCAAUACAUGUUUUCACAGUCUGUCUACAUCUGGGUAUGAAGUGGAAGAUCAACUUGUCUGUACAGUAUGAGCUGCUGUAUAGUAUCAUAUGUAACAAGUCUUAACAAUGUAGCUUAUUGUUGGUAAUUAUAACAAUAUUGUCACUUUGUGUAGGAGGUAUAGAAAAGGGUGGUGUUAACGAUCCUCAGGGGAAUUGUGCAAAAUACAUAGGCUAAGGUUCUUGGAGAAAUCGCAUUCGCUUGGAGCUUUUGUGAGAAUAUUGUUGAUGUGUGGGAUUACAGACUAGUGAUGGGCGUAAUGACUCUUUUUUGGGGGGAACACAAAUUGUCAUUUCACAGAAAGGGAGCCUGACAAAGUGUCCAUUCACCCUCUGAUUCCCAGUUCUGUCAUUCUGUUUGCUGUUUCUCAACUCCCAGUAGAACUUGAGUGCCAUAUGCUCUCAUUUAGUCUUUGGCGGUGCAGUCAUGUGAAAAAGAAAGUACACUCUCUUUCAGUUUCACAUGUCAGGAUAUAAUGGAAAGUUUUAUCUUUCGCAGGUCUUAAAAUAAACAAAAUACAACCUCAGAUCAACAGAAAUACAUGAGAUAUUUUACAGUGUUAUCGUUUAUUAACAGAAACUAAUCCUUAAUGCAGACUGUGUAAAAAACACAAAUACGCCCAUACUGCUUGCAUAGAAUUCAGAGAAUUCAGAGCCAGGCGCUGCUAAUCAAAUGUACAUGAUUAACGGAUCAUCAGUGAGUGUGAGCAGCAGAUGCUUUGGUAGUUUGAUGGUCUGAAGCAUUCAGGUAUGUGUUAGCGCAAUGCCAAGAAGGAAAGACAUCAGCAAUGAUCUUAAAGAAGUAAUUGUUGCUGCCAAUCAAUGUGGGAAGGAUUAUAAGGCCAUUAUCAAACUAUUUCAAGUCCACCAUACUACAGUGAGAAAGAUUUUUCACAAGCAGAAAGCAUUAAAGACUGCGUCCAGUCUUUCCAGGAUUGGAGAUCCCAGCAAAUCUACUCCAAACUCAGAGAAACUACAGAAAACCAAAGAGUUACACCUUGGACGCUACAGCCAUCAGUUAGCAUGUUAUAUGUUAAAGUUCAUGAGAGCAAAAUUAGACAAAGGCUGAACAAAUAUGACUUAUUUAGAAAGGUUUCCAGGAGAAACACUCUUCUCUCUAAAACUAAUUUGCAUGCUUGCAAAGCUGGAUCUGAACAAAGACUUCUGGAACAAUGUCCUUUGGACAAUGAGACCAAAGAGGAACACUUCAUGCUAGUACAGUCAAGGAGUAGUCAUGAUUUGGACUUGGCCAAAGCUCCUUGCAUGAGCUUGUAGCACCUUGCAGUCACUGAGUUGACAAUGAACUGUUCUGUAUAUCAAAAUACUUUAGAUUCAAAUGUUGGACAGGCCGUCUGGUGGACAUCUAAAGCUUGUUCAAAUUUGAUUCCAAGUACAGCUCGUUGCAACAGAAUGGCUGAAAAAGAAAAGAAUGAAGGUGUUGCAAUGAUUCAGUCCAAGUCUAGACUUUAACCCAAUUAAAAUGAUUAAGAGAGCUCAUCUCAGCCAAAUGAAGCAAUGUGAAGAAGAGUGUGCUUCAAGGGCUUUUUUUUUUUUUUUUAAAUAAAAAAUGACACAGUGCAAUAUGUCAUGUGUUGUUGUGAGGUUGUAUUUAAAUAAUUUUAGAACCUGGUAAGGAACAGAUGUUUUUUUAAUUAUAUCCUAAUAUGUAAAAUACAGGAAUCAGCACAAAUAGCUUGGAGAUGCUGGUUUAUAGCUUCACUGAUCCUCCAGCAGUUGGUCCACUGUCACAAUAUGACUUUGAAUGAACAGCUUCAAGAAAUGUCAGAUUUCCAUCAAGUGAAAUGUUCCCCACAGGAUGAAUCGUAAUAACUUUGUGAUAAAUGAACUUUUUAUCUAGCACCACCAUCGGGUUUCAGUUUGUUCAUGACCAAACACUAACAGAAUCCCAUCAUCUCCUCUUUGAGAUUAUUGUAAAUUACUAGAUGUUACUGUGGUAAGAAUUUUACCUACUAAAAAUGAAGCGCUGCCAUUGUGGGAAUGUUACCAUGCUAACACUAGUAAUUAGUUUAACUAAUUAAGUGCUGCAAAGCACAGCCUCACAAAGCAGCUAGCAUGGAUGUAGGCUCUUGGUGUUGUUUUAAGUGUGUCGGUAUGUGGGCAUGUGUGUUGGUGUAGAUUGAUCAAAAGUAUUGCAUUUAUUUUCAAGAAGAAGCACUGUGUGCUAUUUUAUACUUAAUGUAGCUUGUCCUUUCAGGUAUGACUUUGAUUCAUGAAGACUGCCAGAGGAUUGUAUUAAAUAUAUUAUUGUAAAAAGAUGUCCAUUGAAAUACAAAUAAAUGAUCACAGGCGAGAGUAGCCUUCACUUUGGAUCCUUGAGCCUCAGUCAAGCUACUUAUCAAGAUAACCUCAGAAAAACAGCCAUCUAAUGAUGUACAGUUCAUUUCAGUAUGUACAUUCUAACAUGAUAUGUAUUUAUCCUGUACUGUAUGUGAGACUGCAGCUAGUUCAUUUAGACACACGGGCUCAUCGGCAAGAAGUAACAUAUGUGUAUUAUGCUGUUACAAGUGAGAGAUUACUCAAUAGUGCAAUAUGAUGUCUUCCUAAAAAUAUAAAAGACAAUAAUGAUGUGUGGAGUCUGGCACCAGCAUCUUUGACUUGCUUUGAGUUGAGUUGUUUUGCUUCAGGGAGAAUAAAACCGCAUUGAUGUUUAAUACUGCAUGAUGUGUGUGUAAACAAAGCGAGAUGACAAGAAGUGAAGUCCCUGAUCCACAAAGUCUCCGGCGGUGCUGCUGCGAAAGAGGAAUUUAUAUCUUAUCUUGAUGCUAAUUGUGUGUUUACAUUAGCUUAUUUACAUACUAAUUAAAAUGGAUUUAUGUACUUUUUACAUGUAUUUUUUUUCCCAAAGCUGAUUAUUAUUCAAAGCCUGCUGAGUGAAGUUUUAACUGUCUCCAAGAGAUGAAUAAAAUAUCUGAUGAA